AUGCACAAGAAACUGCGCCCUAAAGUAUGGAGCAAAAUACCUAAGGAAAGAAAAAACAGAAUUCUACGAAGGUCUCAAUUAGAAAUAGAACAGUAUAGCAAAACCGUACCUCGCAUACUUAAAGAAGUAAGAGAAGAAGGUGAUCGGGCUCUUUUACGGUUCAGUAAAAAAUUUGAAGGCGUACAGUUCAAAAAAAGCUCAGAACUACGAGUAAAAGAAAAGGAAAUACAAACGGCAAUACGCAUGCUGAGCCCCGAACUAAAGAAAGCUCUGAAGUCCGCAUACCAAAAUGUGCAUAACUACCAUAUAUCUCAAACAAUAGCAAAGAAUAAACCCCUUGCAGAAAAUGGGCAGGGUGUGUUUAUUGGGUCAUCAAUACACCCUGUCGAAUCAGUUGCGCUCUACAUUCCACGUGGGAAGGGGAGUUUUCCUUCUAUGGCAUAUAUGCUUGCAGUACCAGCAUGCUUAGCAGAGGUGCCUCGUAUUGUUAUGAUUACCCCACCACUCCCCGAUGGUAGCAUCGAUCCCGCCACACUGUAUGUUGCCGAACUAUGUAAUAUCAGCGAAAUAUACAAGGUGGGAGGCGCACAUGGAAUAGCGGCACUUGCCUAUGGCACAAAAAGCAUCCCAGCUGUACAUAAAAUUAUAGGACCUGGCAGUGCUAUAGUAAGUGCCGCCAAGCAUUUUCUUCGCUCUGUAGUAGAUGUAGGACCUCCUGCAGGGCCAUCAGAAUCGCUUAUUAUUGCAGACGGCACCACCGCAGCUGACCUUGUAGCCUACGAUCUUUGUAUUGAAGCUGAGCAUGGAAUAGAUUCUAUGUCUUUGCUACUUACCCACAAAAAAGACUUUGCCGAAUCUGUAUCUAAGCACCUUAACAAAAUAAUAGAGCAGGCUCCGAGCCCACAAAAAGAAAUCUUAAACACUGUAUUUCAUACCUACUAUGGUGUUAUUGUUACCGAGAAUAUUCAGGAGUCUAUCCAUAUCAGCAAUACUAUAGCUCCAGAACACCUACUUAUACAUUCAGAUAUGCCCUCAAAAAUUAUGUCGAAGAUUAGUAAUGCGGGUGAGAUACUACUAGGAAAGCACAGUCCGUUUAGUAUAGCGAAUUACGCUGCAGGCGCAAACGCGGUGCUCCCUACUGGGGGCAUGGCAAAAAGCUACUCGGGCAUUUCUGUAAGAGAUUUUAUAAAAGAAAGCACCGUAAUACAAAUAACAUCGCGUGGUUACGAAAGACUUGCUCCGAUUGUGCAAGCUUUGGCUGAGUAUGAAGGUUUUUAUUUUCACAAAAAAGCACUUGACUACCGUGACCUUCGUUCUCAGGAAGCAUCAACGAAAGCAAUAAACGGCACCUCAAACGCUACUCUUUCUACUCAAGGCUAG